UCUGGCUUGUUACAAAGACCAGCCAUGGAAAAGUGGAGCUUAAUGACGAUUGCUGUUUUGUUAGGACUUACUGUACGCUGGACUGUAUCCCUUGGCUCUUACUCAGGUGCAGGGAAGCCACCUAUGUAUGGAGACUAUGAGGCUCAGAGACACUGGCAAGAAGUUACUUACAAUUUACCCAUCAAGCAAUGGUACUUCAAUACAAGUGACAACAAUCUACUGUACUGGGGCCUUGAUUAUCCACCACUUACUGCCUAUCACAGUUUUCUCUGUGCUUAUGUUGCAAAGUUAAUAAAUCCUGAUUGGAUUGCUCUGCACACAUCUCAGGGGUAUGAGAGUCAAUCACAUAAGUUAUUUAUGCGUGCAACAGUAUUCAUUGCAGAUUUGCUGAUUUAUAUUCCUGCAGUUGUUUUAUAUUGUAAUUGCUUAAGAGAAACAUCUACAAAAAAGAAGAUUUCCAGUGCACUCUGUAUAUUGCUUUAUCCAGGCCUAAUUCUUAUUGACCAUGGACAUUUUCAAUACAACUCAGUGAGCCUUGGCUUGGCCUUGUGGGGAAUACUCUUUUUGUCUCAUGACUGGGACCUUUUGGGUUCAGUGGCAUUUUGCCUGGCCUUAAAUUACAAGCAAAUGGAACUCUACCAUUCUGCACCCUUCUUCUGCUAUUUACUUGGGAAGUGCUUCAAGAAGGGACUGAGAGGAAAGGGAUUAAUAUUGUUAAUGAAGCUAGGCGGGACAGUGGUGGCUUCCUUUGCUGUCUGCUGGCUCCCGUUCUGCGCGGACGUGGAACAGAUCAUGCAAGUGCUCCGGAGGCUCUUUCCCAUCGAUCGAGGCUUGUUUGAGGAUAAAGUAGCCAAUAUUUGGUGCAGUCUAAGUGUCCUUAUAAAGAUAAAAAAUAUUGUAUCACCUCAAACUCAACUCAAACUCAGUUUUGCUGUGACAUUCCUGAGCUUGCUUCCGACUUGUAUAAAACUGACCCUUGAGCCAUCUCUCCGAGGAUUUAAGUUUGCUUUGGUAAGUGCAUGUUUUUAAUUGUUCCUAUUUUAAAUUCAAGUUCAGCAACAUGGCACUUUGCUUAUCACUGUACCGGUCUGCUUAAUCAUAAAUGAAAUUCCUUUUAUGGCCACGUGGUUUUUACUUGUAUCAACCUUCAGCAUGUUGCCCCUGCUCCUGAAAGAUGGGCUCCUGUUCGCCUACACGGUGACAACCCUGGCGUUUCUGUCCGCUUGUGUCACGUCCUUUUCCAUAUUCGACAAGACUUCAGCAGAGGACUUGCAGCUGAAAUCGUUCUCCCUUUCUAUUAAAGGAUAUGUUUCUUGGUUUAAGUCAUUUCCAAAGAUUGUUAAGAAGCUGUUUCUGCUUUCAGUAACGGUGAUGGCCAUCCUGACUUUACUGAGUGCUGCGAUGACUCCUCCCCAGCGGUUACCAGAUUUGUUCCCCCUCGCCGUGUCCAUUAUUUCCUGCUUACACUUCUUAUUCUUUUUGCUGUAUUUUAACAUUGUUAUACUCUGGGACUCAAAAAGUAGUAGAAGUCAGAAGAAAAUGAGUUGACUUGUGAAGAUCAAGGAGUAAACUAAAUGGAUAGGACGUUUUCAGUGGAUCGUGUCUGGUGU